AUGAACGAAUGGAAACGAUACUUUGAAGAAUUACUCAACGUCAAGUCAAAUACAUCUCCAACUACACAAACAAUUCCACCAGCCGACAAAGAUCUUCCAAUCAACACGGGUCCAAUUUCGAUCGCUGAAGUACAACAAGCAAUCAAACAGCUAAAAAACGGAAAAUCUCCCGGACUCGAUCACAUCAUAACACCAGAAGUACUCAAGCAUUAUGGAAUACCAAUGAAAAUGAUCAACGCAAUUCAAACUAUAUACAACAACUCACGAAGUGCAGUUCUGGUGGAUGGUCAACUCACAGAAGAAUUCGACGUCACUACCGGUGUUUUACAAGGUGAUACAUUGGCACCAUUCCUCUUCAUUAUUGUAAUCGAUUACGUCAUGAAAAAUGCGGAAACACAACACACAAAUGAACAAGGUGAACAUGGAUUUGUAACAAAUCAACGACAAUCAAAACGACAACCAGCAACAACAAUUCACGAUCUAGCCUUUGCUGAUGAUAUCGCUCUGUUCGCAAGUAACUUCGACAGAGCACAAACACAAUUGAUCACAACAAUGAAUUGGGCCGAUAAAGCAGGCUUACAAGUCAACAUCAAAAAGACACAAGCACUAACAAACCAAAAUACCAACAACAAAUCUAUGCAAAUAAAUGGAGAAGACAUUCAAUGGGUAGACAAUUUCAAAUACCUUGGCUCAAUGGUACUCUCAAGCAACACAGAUAUCAAAGUAAGGAAAGGGUUAGCAUGGAAAGCUUUCUGGAAAUUGCGAAACAUAUGGAAAUCGACAACAAUACCUACGAAACUUAAGAUUAACAUCUUCAAAGCUUCUUGCAUUUCGAUUUUACUAUAUGGCUCCGAAAGCUGGAUCAUCACAAAAACCCUUGAGAAGUCCCUAAACAGCUUCGCUACUAGCUGUUAUCGAAUAAUACUCAACAUUAAACGACUGGACAAAAUAUCAAAUAAUACAAUCUACGAAAAAGUGAAACAAGAACCCCUGGUACAAACAAUACAACGUCGACAACUGCGCUUUAUUGGACAUUGCCUACGCCGAAACUCAAAUGAAUUUACCAACAUGUAUGCUCUGUACACUCCGAAACCUGGCCAUGGAAAACGUAAGCGUGGACGACCCCGCUUGAAAUACGUUGAUUACGUCGCAAGACUGAUCAGCAAUGACAAUCCACCAACGAUCGAAGAAAUCAGAAAGGCUGCUGCAGACAGGAAAAGCUGGUACGAUAUUGUUAUCGCCUGUAAACCGCGCCUGUUUGCAGUCGACUGAUGAUGAUGAUGAUGAUGUUACCGUCAUAUAUGAUAAUAAACAGCUCUUUGUCGAAACUUUGUUAUUAUUAUAUAAAAUAAAACAUGAUGAAACAUUACAGAAAAAUAAAGCAUUGUUAUUAUUAUCACCACAUAUACAGAGAAAGUUUCCUAAAGCUUUCUAUAGGGAACUAAAGUGCCGUUAUCAUUACUUUUGGCAGGAUCUAAGUGGUAACACCAUUGAUACAUUUUGAAAAUGCAAAAUAAGAAAAGAAAAAAAAAUAAAAAGAACAAAUGCUCUACGCUUGAACUGUUCUAGACCUCAAAUUAUUUUGCAUGAAACCAGACCAACUAAAAUGAUUCUAAGU